UUGACUUUAGGCAGUACCUCAAAAAGUUAUUUAUUUAGAAAAUAUAUGGCAGAUAACAGCUCACUAGUUGGUGUUAACUCUUUACAGCGGCAGAACAGGGACCGGGUUAUUAUUGUGCAGAUUUUGGUGAUGAUUUUUCUUUGCAUCAACAUGUUGCUCACUGUGAUCGUUUUUACAAAGGAGUGCUUCUACAAAACUACACGCUACAUCUUAUUUACCAUUACUCUACUGUCUGAUAGCUUCAUAUUAUUCAUGACUGAUAUCCUGCUCAUCUUUAUCUAUUUUCAAGUCACCAUGCCAGUUUGGUUAUGCAUCAUUAUCUCUGUUGUGGUACUUCUGUAUCUUACAGUCACACCAGUUACUCUGACAGCAAUGACCCUGGAGCGCUACGUAGCCAUUUGCAUGCCCCUGCACCAUGGAGAGCUGUGCUCCACUCACAACACUAUUUAUUGUAUCCUCAUCAUUCACGGCCUCAGCUCUGUACCCUGUAUUGUUAUUCUCUCCACCUUCUUUGCAUCAGCCUCUCUUAGCUUUUACACACAGCAUAGUGUAUGUUCUGUGGAGAUGUUCAUUUUGUACAGAUGGCAGGAUCAUGUUAGGUCAGCUCUAUAUCAGUUUUACUUCUUGAUUAUGUGUUCCAUCAUUGUAUUCUCCUAUGUUAAAAUAAUGAAAGUGGCCAAAGCUGCAUCAGGAGAGGAUAAAAAGUCAACAUGGAAAGGGCUCAGAACGGUAAUUCUUCAUGCUUUCCAGCUGCUGCUCUGUCUCAUCCGUCUGUGGUGUCCAUUUGUUGAAGCGACUGUACUUCCGAUUAAUUUAAGAUUAUUUAUUGAUGUCAGGUACACUAACUACAUAAUGUUUAGUCUUGCUCCAAGAUGUCUGAGUCCUCUCAUUUAUGGCAUCAGGGAUGAAACAUUUUUCCAUGCACUGAAAAGCUAUGCCUGCUCUGGCUUUCACAAAAGAAAUAUUUGA